CGGAGAUGUGUCCGUGUAAUACGUCACGUGACCGACACAAGAGACUUACAGAAAAAUGGCAGCUGUUGAAAGAAACAGAGCCAGCAAGUGGGAUAAUCCUGCUGUUGCAUCCAGUGCUCAACGUAGUAGCCUGGAAGCUGCUGCAGAAGCGGCAGCCAAAGUGAAUGCCAUGUUAAUAGCCAAGGGAAAGCUAAAGCCAUCACAGUUAUCUCAGCCAGCUAGUAUACCAACAAAACCAAAAACUGGAUCACAGCCAAAUAGCUUGAUAGUUGCUGAGGUAGAAAUAAAUGAUGUUCCUAUUGGAUGUCGGAACAUGCUCACAAGAGGGUCAACACAAGAUGAGAUAUCCAAGAUGAGUGGAGCUGCAGUGUCCACCAGGGGGAGAUUUAUGAACCCAGAGGAGAAGGCAAGACAUGCUAACAAUGCCAAUGAUCGUCCUUUGUAUUUGUGUGUUCAAGGUGCUACACAAGAGUCAGUUGAUAAAGCAGUAGAUAGAAUCAAGGAGAUAAUAGCCAAUGGUUACAAGCACAAGGCCCAGAAGAUGGCUCAAGCAGCUUUAAAGAACCCCUUGGCAGCUCCCCCAAUGCCUGGAGUGCUAUCCAGUGUACCGCCCCCUUUACUUAGUCAGCCACCCCCUCCACUCAUGUCACUUAACACACAGCCUCCAGGGUUAUCCUUUGUCCAAGAAAAGUUGUACAUUGGUCUGGAGCAUGCCCCACCCACUUUUGAUGUCAAAAACAAACUUCUUGGUCCAGGGUGCUCUUUCCUGCAACACAUCCAGCUGGAAACUGGAGGCAAAGUGAUGCUUCAGGGGAAAGGAUCUGGUUACAUAGACCCAGCCACAGGAAGGGAGUCCUUUGAGCCCAUGCACAUAUUUAUACAGCAUGCUAAUAUGGUGGGUUUACAGCAGACCAAGCAGUUAGCUGCAAACCUUAUACAAACAGUCCAACAAGAAUAUGCCCAGUUCCAGCAAGCCUUGGCAGCAAUGCCUCCUGCAGUAUCACCAGGUACAGCUGCACUGCUAGCAGGCCUACAGCACCAGACAUCUGUUGCAGGCCAGAGUUUGAUUGCCCCACCUGGGUUAGGAUUGACACACGUGGCACAGCUACCCACUUCAGUGGCAACUAGUAUACCCAGCCUACUGAGCACUCCAGUCAUACCCUCCAGCAGCCUGGGAAUGCCAGUGUCCGGCCCCUCUCUGAUGUCCACUCUGGCCUCUCUGCUCCAGCCAGGCUCAACACUAACCACUUCACUGGCACCUUCUUCAGUGCCAUCACUGCUGGCACAGUCAGAAAAUUUGCUCACAGCGGCCACUUCAUUGAAUCAGAUCUUGUCCAAGCCUCCGCCCCCUCUAGUCAAUCACCCACAUAUAUUACCACCACCCAGGGAACUGUCACCUGGGCUGCAGUCAAAUGAUCCAAGAUUAAGCACCGGUGUUUUAGGGGGAAUGCCUGAUGUAUCCCAGUCUCCACUGUUACAAAGUCCAGCCAGUGUCAGUCUUAGCCAGCAGCUCAAUGAUGCUGUCAACCAGCUCAACCAGAUCACACGCAUAAGACAACAACAACAAGAACAGUUACAGCAACAGCAGCACCAGUUACAGCAACAACAACAACAGUUGCAACAACAGCAAGUCCAGCAACAAAUCCAAGGGGGUGGUCAGCAAAUAUUGCAGCAGGCAGCACCUCAGCAGUUCCAGCAGUUACAACAACAGAUACAGCAGCAGCAACAACAACAACAACAGCAGAUGCAGGCAGGCUUGGGUCAGAUGGGCCCUAGUGGUCCAGCACCUCAGGCCAGUGUGGCCUCCAAUCUUCCAGGGAGCCCAGGGCACAGUAAUGGUGGGGAUGGGUUCCCCUCGGGCCUGCCUCCUUAUUAUAAUAACUUUGCUGGCAUGCAGAGGGAGAUGGAGCAGCAGCAGCAACAACAGCAGCAGCCACACAAGAGGAGGUUUACAGAGGAGAAACAGGAGGAGAAAUUACCGGAGGGGUUGCUGGGAUAUCAGCAUGGUCCAACACACCUGGUGAACUUGGUAGCAUCUGGGCCACCGCCACCCCCACCAUCAUCACAGGCAGGACCACAACAGCCACAGCAACAACACUUUGGUAUCACCCCGCCUCCACCACCUCCACCACCCCCAGAGGAGUUGAGGCAAAAUCAAGACAGUCUGCUAAUGCCACCACCCCCUCCACCUCCCCUAGGAGCCUUACAAGAUCAAGCAGUGGAGCCCCAGAGAAAGCGUAUGAAGGGAGCUUUGCGUAAUGUCACAGCAUAUGGAUCAGAUGAUGAGGAAGACACUGAUGUGAACUCGACAAUGAGGCAGCAACACAGAGAAGCUGCAAAGUAUGCUUUCAAUCAGUACUCUAGCAAACCCCAAAUAUAUGGCCAACCAGGCCAGCCACACUUUACUAGUCAAGAACAGUUUGAACAGAGUCAGUUUGCUGUCCAGCAGCAACAACAAGGGGGCCAGUUCACACAAAGUCAGUUUGGACAACCACAACAGCCACAGUUUAAUCCACAGCAGCCAUUUGGACCACAGUUUACACAGCCACAGGGACCAGGUCUACCCCUUUCACAGCAACUGCCUCAGUCACAUCAGCCGCCGCCACCACCACCACAGCAGCAAGGCCAAGCAUUUGCUGCUGGGAAUUCAACACAGUUUGCAGGACAGAACCCAGAACAUUUUGGAAGGUCAAGCCCCCAAGACACGUAUGUUCAGCAGAGGCCAGUGACUGUAUCAUCCCCUGGGUUCCAGAUACCACCUCCUACAAUGCCUUUCUGGAUGACACCUAACUGAUGUAAUAGCAGGGCUAGUGACUGUAGCAUCCCCAGGGUUCCAGAUACCACCACCUACAAUGCCUUUCUGGAUGACACCUAACUGAUGUAAUAGCAGGGGCUAGUGACCGUAUCAUCCCCAGGGUUCCAGAUACCACCACCUACAAUGCCUUUCUGGAUGACACCUAACUGAUGUAAUAGCAGGGCUAGUGACUGUAGCAUCCCCAGGGUUCCAGAUGCCACCCCCUUCUAUGCCUUUCUGGAUGACACCUAACUGACAGUGCAAUUGACUUGUAUAUUGAUAAUGCAUGAGCAAUUAUAAAUCAAAAGCGUUUAUUUGAAUGUUCAGUUGGAUGUCAGGGAAAUGAUAAGGUGUGAAGUUUGAAAAGAGAAGAGUUAUGUUUUUUGUACAAACCAUGUUCUAUAGAAAAGUAGCUAAUUUCUGCAGGAAAAAAAUGUACAAAGCAUUCGUAUAUAAUCCAUUUCCCAUUGUAAUGUUAACUAGCUGCUCAGAUUUGCGCCUAUCGUUUCUGGUAAUUUUACUAUAUAUGUUGUUCUUUUAUCGUAAAAGUACAUCGUACUAUUUAUUUCAUCCGUGUAAGCCAACAUUGAAAAAAUAAGAUCCUGACAAUAAAUUAUAGAUUGCAGGUAUGUACCAAAGCAAUUUGAAGAGCAUUCAGAAUCAAAGUUUGAUGCUUACAUUUGUAUAAAAUGUAAAUAUAACA